AUGCUGGAAGUCGUCCAUCGGGAUUUGGCUCUAAGAAAUGUGCUUUUGGCUGAAGACAACGUUGUUCCAAUUGCAUACAGAUGGAUGGCUCCAGAGUGCCUGGUCUAUGAUGGGGUUUAUACGAGCCAGUCAGAUGUUUGGGCAUUUGGAGUCACGCUGUGGGAGAUAUUUAGCCUUGGGAUGACUCCAUACCAAGGCAUGAAAAUACAUGAGCUCGUCCAGAAUCUGCAGAAAGGGUAUCGUUUGGAGUGUCCUGGGUAUGCCAAUCAUCGCAUCCACGAAAUCAUGCUUCAGUGUUGGGAAGCAGACCCUAACAAUCGGCCAACGUUUCCUGAAUUGAGUCUCCGGUUCACUGAUAUGCUUUCAGAUUAUGAACGAUCGCGGUGUGAAGAACGUACUCGACCAUUCCUGGAAACCAGCGGCACGCAUUGCCAGACAAGGACAAAGUACACGCAAUUGUCGUUUCCUCAAGUUCCUGAAGAGGAACACCAUUCAGUGCAGGGGAGUGAGGAUCCUCCCUCCCAAAGGCAAGAGCCUGUCUCCAUGCAGGAAAACGUUCUUGGGAUAAGAUGGCUACUUGCCAUGGCCACUCAUCGAAGUUUAAUGGCGUUUGAUCCAUGGACGUGUUGGCCGCGCCCGAAGAAUGCACAUUUCUCUUGCUACCGCAUUUUGGAGGAUUCUCUUUUGGGAUCUUUGGCUUGCAACACGAUUCCUCGGGACGACAAUCACAAAGAUUAUUCUGGGGUUGAUGGAGUUUUCACUUACGUGAGUUGGAUGGAGGGCCAGGAUGCAUUGCAGAAUGCGUCGAGGAUACUUUGA